AAUGAUAUGAUAGAUCUCAAAGUCAUGGUGGAGUCCAGCAUGGCAUCAAACAUGUCUUCUGUGAAAUCGAAACUGCGAAUUCUGGAAUUGUACAGUGGGAUAGGCGGCAUGCACUGGGCUCUGAAAGAGAGCGGUGUCCCAUUUGAGGUGAUAAAAGCCAUGGAUAUCAACACCACUGCAAACAGAAUCUAUCGCCACAACUUUCCAGAUAUAGAUGUUUGUACAACAAGGAUUGAAAAUCUUAGUAAGACUCAGCUAGAGGGGUGGAACAUUGAUGUAAUCCUGAUGAGUCCACCAUGUCAGCCAUUCACACGCGUGGGGAAGAAACAAGAUCACGAGGACCGUCGCACUCAGUCAUUUCUCCACCUUCUUGGGCUGCUCAGGAGCUUGUCAGAAAAACCGCAUUACCUAUUAGUGGAGAAUGUCAAAGGCUUUGAGGUGUCAGAGACUCGAAGACUGCUGCUUGAAGUGCUAAAGGAUUGUGAUUACAGCUUUCAGGAAUUCUUGUUAUCACCACUACAGUUUGGUAUUCCUAAUGCUAGACUUCGCUAUUACCUCAUAGCCAAACAAGGGCUUGCAUCCUUUGGAUUUCCUACAUCUGCCAAGAUCAUGACAACAGUUCCAGAAGAAGCACUAACAUGGCUUUGCUAUCGACAAAACCAUGUGGCUGAGGUAAAAAGCCAUUCCUGUAGUAAUUCAUGCCACAAGACUCUCUCUUCUAUACCCAGUUGUAAUGAGAGUGCUUUCUCCAAACAACCUGAGAAAAUGUGCUCAAGGCAGUUCAACAGCUGUAUGAAGGGUCUUGUAGGGGCAGCAGAGUGUGAGACUGAGAAAAUGCACUCAGUAGAUGAUGAGACUGAGAGAACACACUCAAGGCAGAUCAACAGCAGCAUUGGGGAAGUUGAGGACCUGGCGCUUGCUGAUGCAGGGCGGAAUAUGCGACAUUGUGAAGAAGAUGACCCUCUUUGCUGCAGACAUGGCACUCAACUAAAAACAUUUUUGGAGUACAUGGAUGAAGAUAGUUUCCAGCCAUUCAUGUUGUCUGACAAAGAACUUAAAAUGUUUGUUGUCAUGGACAUAGUACAGCCAAGCCUUAAGAAGACUUCUUGUUUUACAAAAAGGUAUGGCCACUAUGUUGAAGGUGCUGGUUCUCUCCUACAGAUGACUACUGAUAUAGAAGCGGUGAAGAAGGCUAGUGACUUCAAGUCCUUAGCUGUGGAGAAAAAAAAUCGUGAUCAGUGGGCAGAAACUGAGUUGUCUAUUCUUCGAAGUCUUAAGUUACGCUAUUUUACACCACGGGAAGUAGCAAACCUUCUUUGCUUCCCCCAGGAGUUUUUAUUUCCUCCAGAGUUAAAUGCAGUCCAGAAAUACCGUGUCCUUGGCAACAGUCUCAAUGUCCACGUUGUUUCCGUCCUCAUCCGACUGAUGCUGCUAGAAACAUAACCACAAGAUGAUGCUUGGGUGCUGUUUGCCACUGGACUCUGUGGAUGAUCUUCAUCAUUUGUCGUCUUGCUUGGAUGAUGUUCAUUGCCUAACAGUACUGAUCCCAUUAAUUUGUCCAGACAGCAAUGAUACUGACCACAAGCUGAUGCAUACCUGUGAGACACACUGUUGAAUCCAAUCAACUGACUCUAUGCAGGUUGACUUACUAAAAGUCCACCAUUUUUCUUCAUGCAAAUAUCCUGUCAACAAACUUGAUGAUGGUUGUGAAAAAUUUCAUAAAACACAGGAGUCAGGCAACAGAACUUAGUAAUUGCAGGAGGGAAAACACUUUUUCUAAAAAUUACUUAUCUUUCAUGUGAUACAAAAGUGUGGAUUUUCACUGGAGAAUGAAUACGGAGUAUAUGAUGUAUAAGGUGUAGAUGUGUAUAUAGUGUACAUGGUGGAAUUUGUGACUAUUACACUACAAUCUGCUGGAAUGUAUGCUGUACAUGGCAUAGAUGUGUACAUAAUGGAAUUUUUACUAUUGCAGUACAGUAUUCUGGAGUAUAUAAUGAAGGUACCAAAAAUUGAGUGACAUGAUAUAUUUCAGUGACAUUUUCAAAAUGUCGUAUAGGCUGCCACACUGCAUUUUAUUGUUAGGAUAUUCAGGCUGCAUCUACGUGAAAAAAAUUUUUUUUCCUUUGAAAGUAAUUUUACUUUUUAUCGAAUUUUAGUAUUACUUUUUAUAAGACUAGCAAUGGAUACAUGUUUAGAGGCAAACCAAAGUCCACAGUGUUUGCGAAAAUGAGUUAAGCAGUUGGACUGUGAUAAUCUUGUCCUCAAUUGCUGCCACACAAGUGCAAUCAUAAGCAAUCAAACUGUGAUAACACUGGUACCUCACAGAGAUGAUGAUGAUAACACUGGUGCUACAGAGAUGAUGAUGACACUGGUAAUACACAGAGAUGAGAAUACCAUUGUUGACAGAUAUACAAAUAAUUCCAUUCGGGAAAGUGUCUCACCCAAACAGAUGCGCCGACCCAUAGAGAAGGAAAAUGAACUCUUUGGAUCGCCACAACUGACAUUCUCUCCUAUGAAACGCUCAGAUCGGAAUGUGUCAGGGUCACCCCAGGUCUCUGGAGCUUUCAACAUAGAAUCCAGGUUGGGGAUGACUAACGUGCCUUUAGGGAUCGUGUAUCCACCAAACUCCAUGUCAUAUUCAGGGGUGCAGUGUUGACGUAGCAAAGCAUGAUGACAGCCUCCAUAUAAACUGAGGUCUGGGUUAUGUCUGUUUUGUAUGCUGGGCGCUCGCUCUGUUCCAAUAACCAUGUGGAUCUCCUCGUAGCACGUGUCCUGCAUGUCAGGCUGGUGAAGGAAGUAAACCUGAGUCCGGGGUAGACGAUCUUUCCAGGCCCCUUGUAAUUGUAAUCGUAAAUUAUUGUCCAAGUAUAUAAAAAUAUGCUUUGUUACUGGUUUGUCUGACAUAACUUUUGUCUGUUUUUAGCUUUUGUCACUCUUGUAUCUAUGAACUUGACCAGCUACUAGUUGUAAGAAAGACAUAAAUACAGUAGUCAGGUCAAAGGUCUCAAAAACAAGUUGGCCUUGUUCAGCAUCACCAUCAAUCAGAUUAAUGUGAGCAACAUGUUUCACUGAGUUUCCUGGAGAUACCUGAUGUCAGUUAUUGCAGACUGGUGGGUACUCCACACAAAGUUAGCUGGGGAGAAGUGGAGAACUUGUGCAUAGACAAAGGCUGUUAUGAACGCCACGACUUAAAACAUAAAAUCUGAAAAAAUCCUGAAACCUUAACCCCAUCCCUAUGCCUAAUCAAGCAAUCCCAGACUAACUAAAAAACUCAAAAUCUUAACCCCACCCUAUCUUUAACCCCGCUUGGUAGGGUUCCUCGGAGACUUUAAAUAAAUGUUGGUGUGAAGUGUCA